UCACAGUCACAUGAUCAAUGGAACGAUAAAGUACGCCAAGUAAAGCGGCCAAAACUAACAAAAAAAUAGAAGUAUCCAAACCAACCCGAUUCGUUGCUUUCUUCGCUGUCCCUCUCUCUAUCUCUCCCCCUUACACGCACCGUCCAAAUUCCUAUAAGUAUCUCCAUUCCAUUCGAUUCCGAUCUGUUCAUUUUCUCGAGAAAAAUAUUCUGUUUGGUGAGUUUGCAUCUUAAAUGAUGUCGUCGGAGAAAACUAUUUUGGUAACCGGCGGGGCCGGGUUCAUUGGCUCUCACACCGUUGUCCAGCUUCUCAAUGAAGGGUUUAGGGUUUCCAUCAUCGACAAUCUCGACAAUUCUGUCACGGAGGCGGUUGAUAGGGUUCGGGAUUUGGUGGGGCCCCAGCUUUCUCAGCAACUAGAAUUCCAUCUGGGUGAUCUUAGGAAUAAGGACGACUUGGAGAAGCUCUUUUCCCAAACACGAUUUGAUGCUGUGAUCCAUUUUGCUGGCCUAAAAGCUGUCGGGGAGAGUGUUGCACACCCUCGCCGUUAUUUUGAUAACAAUCUGGUUGGCACCAUCAAUCUUUAUGAGGUUAUGGCAAAAUACAAUUGCAAAAAGAUGGUUUUCUCAUCAUCUGCAACUGUUUAUGGCCAACCUGAAAAAAUACCCUGUAUUGAGGAUUUUGGGUUGCAAGCUAUGAAUCCCUAUGGACGGACUAAGCUUUUCCUUGAGGAAAUUGCUCGAGAUAUUCAGAAAGCAGAGCCAGAUUGGAGAAUUAUAUUACUUAGGUACUUCAACCCUGUUGGGGCUCAUGAGAGUGGUAGAAUUGGUGAAGACCCGAAGGGUAUCCCAAACAAUCUCAUGCCAUACAUACAACAAGUAGCUGUUGGUAGAUUGCCUGAACUUAACGUAUAUGGCCAUGAUUACCCAACAAAGGAUGGUACUGCGGUCCGAGACUACAUCCAUGUCAUGGACUUGGCAGAUGGCCACAUUGCUGCUCUUCGGAAGCUUUUCAUGACAGAGAAUACUGGUUGCAUAGCCUACAACUUGGGGACCGGAUGCGGUACAUCAGUACUUGAAAUGGUCACCGCAUUUGAGAAAGCUUCUGGCAAGAAAAUCCCCAUCAAACUAUGUCCAAGGAGGCCAGGAGAUGCUACGGCUGUUUAUGCUUCUACAGGAAAAGCUGAGAAAGAACUUGGAUGGAAGGCGAGAUAUGGUAUUGAGGAGAUGUGCAGGGACCAAUGGAAUUGGGCAAACAACAAUCCAUGGGGGUAUCAGUCCAAACCCUGAAUGGCAUGCUAAUUAAGUGCGUAAUAUACAAAGUUGUACAAUCCCUUCGGAUCACAUUCUACUCGACCACGUCCCACAUUCUUUUAAGCUACCUACCUUUUCCAUCUAGAAAAAUAAGAUUUGUAAACUUGUUUCUGCAACUCUUGUUUUAGAAAAACAGAAAAUGAAUAUCAAAAGUGGUUCAAUCA